AUGAGUGGAUUUCUCCAGCUUUGCUCUAGAAGGACUAUUCCAGCCAGGAGGCAAUGUUGGAAGUCCCUCGCUGCUUCAGAACCAAGAUGGUACUCAGCAACUCCCACAGCACUCGAUGAAGAAGCCACAGCUACCAAGAAGGAUGACUCUGAAGAGCUUCGCAAAAUUGCUCAUGAAUUCAACCGAAGAAAGGCAGCUUACAAACGACAGGUAUCGAAACUGCGUAAGGGUUAUUUGGAAGAAUACCAACGCAACAAGGCGGAAGAUGAAGCCCAACGUGAUGCGGAAGAAGCGGAAACUACUCGCCGACGUCUUGAACGCCAACGUGCCAAGAAUGAACGCAGUGUUCAAAAUGCGCAUCGUCAACAAGAAUUGAGACGACAAACGGAAUUAGCCUUUCAAGAUCACUUGAGAGUCCAACAGGAAAAGCGAGAUUACGAGAAGGACGUCUUCAAUCGAGCACGUCAAUUGGUCAUUGAUGAGUUGGAAGAAGAAGCUCCGAUGUGGCUUACCACCCCAGAGGAGAUAGAGGCUGCUUUUUCUCCCGAAGCAGAGCAAGCAUUGUGGGCAAGGCCUCAAGGCGUUAUCGGGGUUCCAAAUCCAAGUCUGGACAGCGAAUUCUGGCAACAUGAGUGCCAUACCUGGGACAUGAGCAAAACAUACAAGACGCAACAAGAUAUCUUGGCGGACGAGUAUGAAGAACUAGUAUACGCUGAGACAAAUAUUGACCCAAGCUACUGGUCUCCAGAGAAGGUUGCAGAACGGGAAGCUUUGGAACGCAAGGCCAAACUGCGAGCAAACGUUCGAACAGAAGGUCGAAAGUCUCUGUUGAGACGGCAAAAAGAAUUCCUUGAUGAAGAAAGCGAGACACCAGAAGGAGAAGUUCCACGCCCCAAACCUAUUCCAAGUCUUGGUGUAUUAGGAAGUAACCAGGCUCAAGAGAAGGAAGGUGCAGAGAUGCUAUUGAAGGAUCCAACCAAGUUCUUUGUCUUCCAACGGCAGGCAGAUUCGACCCAAAGCGAAACUUCAGAAGAGAGCGAGCUUGGUGAAUCCUACUCUGGACCAAGUCUUGGAGUUCCUGUCGAUAUCAAGGAUCCCCUCCGACACAAUUCUCCACAAGGACGUGUAUUCCCAAGAGGUGUUGGUAAGGCUCCCAAGCCUGACAUGCGAUCCGAAAAGGAGAAGAAGAGACAAGAGAGAGAGGAGAAGCUCUGGGCAGCUGCGCAAGCCCAAGCAAGAACGGACAAGGAUGAAAUCGAUAUGGCUGCCGAUGAUGAUAUGGAAUUUUAUGGAGAACCAUUGGACUACGACAAGAAUGACGGAUGGGACUCGGACGAUGAAGAAUGGUUCAAGGGUCUAGACCCUGACCGCGAUGCUGACUUGAUGAAAGUGCCACGCGAGUACCGAUACCGCGAGGAAGAUAUCGAUUGGUUGAUCCAGAAGCUAGAGACCAAGGCCGGCCAAAUGCAAUCACACGUGAAUAGCACAAUUGAAUCCAUGGAGAUGGAAACCCGGUCUCGAAUGGAUGAAGCCGAUAAGAAACCUGAAGCUGACUCACAACCAUUCUUUGACGACGCUGCCGUCGCAAAGCUGAAGAGUGUGGGUGGUGACGUGGAUCGCUUCGAGAAAUUGAUGGCAUCUUUAUCCAAAGACCAAAUGCUGUCAUUAUUUGGUUUGGAGGCCAACCAGCGCAAGUCAAAGGACGAAGCAACUGGAAGUCCGUUUGACGUAGUGCAAGGUCUGACAAGCGAACAAAUCACGGGCCUCACCGAGCUAGACACGCUAUUCAAGGAAGCAGAAAAACAAGAUGAAUAG